AAUGAUGUAACUGAGCAUAGGAGAUAAAAAGCAUGCUCUUCAAAGCUCCACCAGCACCACUGCCAUUAUCCUGCCCAGCGUCGACUUUCAACUCAGGGCUGUCCUAGUAGCUUCACUUUCUACUCGGUGGCUUGUUGAAUGCUGGGUGCUGUGACCAGGAGCCAUCGCUGAAGCUUGUUCGCCUUUUCUUCCAGCGUCUGAACCAGUCUCUCUGCCCGCCAUGAUUGCGACGAGAGCAUUCGCUUCGCCUGCGCGCCAGUGCUUUCGAAAAGCCUACCAGCAGCCCACCUGGGCUCCGGCCCUCUUCCAGGCUCAGCCGCGACGGUUCGCCUCGACUUCAGAACCAGAAAAGGUCGCCAGAUUCAAGGGCAAGAAAGGCUCCGACGGAAACUACACGGUCACAUUAAUCGAAGGAGACGGGAUCGGUCCGGAGAUUUCACAAUCUGUGAAGGAUAUCUACAAGGCGGCCAAAGUGCCCAUUGUCUGGGAGCCAGUGGACGUAACACCUCGUCUGAAGGAUGGUAGAACCGUGAUUCCCGACGAGGCCAUUGAGUCGGUGCAAAAGAACUACGUCGCGCUCAAGGGACCUCUGGCCACCCCUGUUGGCAAGGGACACGUCUCGCUCAACUUGACCCUGCGACGAACAUUCAACCUCUUUGCCAACGUCCGUCCGUGCCGCAGCAUCGAAGGCUACAAGACCCCCUACGACAACGUCGACACCGUUUUGAUCCGAGAAAACACCGAAGGCGAGUACAGUGGUAUCGAGCACGUUGUGGUGGACGGUGUCGUACAGUCAAUCAAGCUUAUUACCCGUGCCGCAUCGGAAAGAGUCCUGCGAUAUGCAUUCCAAUAUGCCCGUGAGGUCAACAAGAAGAAGGUCCGCGUCGUGCACAAGGCCACCAUCAUGAAGAUGUCCGACGGUCUUUUCUUGAGCACUGCCAGAGAUGUUGCCAAGGAUUUCCCCGAUGUCGAAUUCGACGCCGAGCUUCUCGACAACGCCUGUCUGAAGAUUACCACCGACCCGGGCCCAUACUCGGACAAGGUCCUCGUCAUGCCCAACCUUUACGGUGACAUUCUGUCCGACAUGUGCGCCGGUCUGAUCGGAGGUCUGGGUCUCACCCCGUCCGGAAACAUUGGUGACGAGUGCUCCAUUUUCGAAGCCGUCCACGGCUCCGCUCCCGACAUUGCAGGCAAGGGUCUCGCGAACCCGACCGCCCUGUUGCUCAGCAGUAUCAUGAUGUUACGGCACAUGGGAUUGAACGACCAUGCCGCCAAGAUCGAGAAGGCCAUCUUCGCCACUCUGGCCGAGGGCAAGGCUCUUACUGGAGAUCUGGGUGGCAAGGCUAAGACCCACGAGUAUGCCCAGGCUAUCAUCGACCACUUGUAACGGAUGUCAUGAGAAGGCCAGGAGGGAGCUCGCAGCGGCUGUCUGAUAUUGGAAUCCGAGUCCAUACCGCCAUGCUGCCACUGCAGUGCAGUUUGGGUUGGUUGCUGUAUUUACUAUUCAAUCAUGUAGAGCGAGUCAUGCGAAUAACAAACAGUUGAAAAAUUUGUAAGUUGGACGGCUACCAUUACUAGUACUGUAAUGAAAGUGUGCCAUUGAUGCUGAAGUUUCUAAGCUUCCAAAGGACCUACACUCACCGUCUCCCUUGCUCUCCUUUCCAUAUCUUUCCGCUUCUUCAGACCUGCUUUUUCGGCCUUCCUCAUCGAUACCUGCAAUUUAUCAAAGCGGCCUCGUGCGCCGAAUUUCACUUUGGUGAUCAUAUCGGCCGCCUGGCCUUUGGUGACCUGGUCCUCAGUCAAGGGCUCGACACCAUCGUCUGCAGUAACAUCACGCAACCGGUUCAGAAAGUCGAGUUGGCCCUUGGACGCGGGCCCCUUCCGCCACGACAACUGCGUGGCAAUCAUGACGCGUUCGAAUUUGCUGGAUGCGAAUGUGUCGGCGGCGUGGAGGGCGUCGGAG